CGGGGCAACAACCACACCUCGGCCACCCCCAUCUACACUCACACACAAAAACCGCUCCGCUCCACCAUGGCGUCCGCCGAGAUCCACGACCUCUACGACUCGAUCCUCAUCCUCGACUUUGGAUCGCAGUACUCCCACCUCAUCACGCGACGAUGCCGUGAGCUCAACGUCUACUGCGAGAUGCUGCCGUGCACGCAGAAGAUGGCCGACCUGAAGUGGAAGCCCAAGGGCAUCAUCCUCUCGGGCUCGCCCUACUCGGUGUACGCGCCCGACGCGCCGCACGUCGACCCUGCCGUCUUCACUGCCGGCGUGCCCGUCCUCGGCAUCUGCUACGGUCUCCAGGAGAUUGCCAGCGUCCACGGCGGCAAGGUCGAGGCGCACACGCACCGCGAGUACGGCUCGGCGCACAUCUCGGUCGUCAAGACGGGCAACAAGAACGCCGACGCGCUCUUCGAGGGCAUCGAGGCCGGCCCCGAGGGCAUCCAGGUCUGGAUGUCGCACGGCGACCAGCUCGCCUCGCUGCCCCCCAACUUCCUGACCGUUGCCUCCACCCCCACGUCCCCUUGGACUGCGAUCGCCCACGAGUCCAAGCCCGUCUACGGCGUCCAGUUCCACCCCGAAGUCACCCACUCGCCCCGCGGCAAGGAGGUGAUUGGCGCGUUCGUCCACAACGUCUGUGGCAUCAAGGGCGGCUGGAGCAUGGAGACCUUCAUCCCCAAGGAGAUCGCGCGUAUCCGUGAGAUCUGCGGCGACAAGGGCCAGGUUAUCGGUGCCGUGUCGGGUGGUGUCGACUCGUCGGUCGCCGCCAAGAUCAUGCACGAGGCUAUCGGUGACCGCUUCCACGCCAUCAUGGUCGACAACGGUGUCCUCCGUCUCGACGAGGCCAAGAAGGUCAAGAAGAUGCUCGUCGAGGACCUCGGCGUCAACCUUACCGUUGUCGACGCGUCCGACCUCUUCCUCGACCGCCUCAAGGACGUCGAGGACCCCGAGAAGAAGCGCAAGAUUAUCGGCAACACCUUCAUCGAGGUGUUCGAGGCCGAGGCUGCCAAGAUUGAGGAGGCGUGCAAGGCCGACACCACCAAGGGCCCCAUCGAGUGGCUCCUCCAGGGCACGCUGUACCCCGACGUCAUCGAGUCGAUCUCGUUCAAGGGCCCCUCGGCUACCAUCAAGACGCACCACAACGUCGGUGGUCUCCUUGACAACAUGAAGCUCAAGCUCAUCGAGCCCCUCCGCGAGCUCUUCAAGGACGAGGUCCGUGCCCUCGGCCGUCUCCUCGGCAUCCCCGCCCACCUCGUCGGCCGCCACCCCUUCCCCGGCCCCGGUCUUGCCAUCCGUAUCCUCGGCCCCGUCACCCGCGAGCAGGUCAAGCUCCUCCAGCUCGCUGACGAGAUCUACAUUGAGGAGAUCCGCGCCGCCGGUCUCUACGACCAGAUCUCGCAGGCCUUUGCCGCCCUGCUGCCCGUCAAGGCCGUCGGUGUCAUGGGCGACGCCCGUACCUACGAGCAGGUCAUUGCCCUCCGCGCCGUGUCGACUGAGGACUUUAUGACUGCCGACUGGUUCGUCUUCCCCCCUCAGGUCCUCAAGAAGAUCUCGUCGCGCAUCACCAACGAGGUCAGGGGCAUCAACCGUAUCACCUACGACAUUACCUCGAAGCCUCCCGGAACUGUCGAGUGGCUCUAAACGAUUACGGACAGCACUUGUAUAGUUUUGAAUGCAUUUUCAUGGGCUUGG